UCUUACUUUCAUCUCUAUCACUCACUCACUUGUCACCACAACAAACACACACUCGCUGGCACUGCCUGCCUAGUGCCUUCUCUAUCUCUCUCUCUCUCUCUCCCACAAAGUCCCCAACUUUGUUUUCUGUCUGUUUCUUCUACUUAGAACGGCCCAUUCCCCAGCAAUGAGACAUGGGCUUUUUCCGGCGACUCUUCGGCCCUAAAAGACCCAAAAACACCACUUCGCCGACGGCCAACCACAACAAGAAGGAAAAUAGGACUACUUCUGCCUCUAACAAACAAAAGCUCAGCACCGCCUCCACAUCAUCAUCUGCUCAAGAAUGGGUAGGAUUGGACGCCAACAAGCACGCCAUAGCUGUAGCCGCUGCUACGGCUGCUGUAGCUGAGGCCGCUCUCGCGGCGGCUCAUGCGGCGGCCGAGGUCGUUCGCCUCACUAAUGGCGCUGGACCCGGCACUUCCGAGCACGUUAGCUUACCCGUGGCGGCGUCGGCUAGCGUCAGCCGCCAUCUGGCUGCCGUAAAGAUACAGUCUGCUUUCCGGAGAUACCUGGCAAGGAGGGCCUUAAGGGCACUUAAAGCACUGGUGAAGCUUCAAGCUUUGGUGAGAGGCCACAUAGUGAGAAAACAAUCGGCAGACAUGCUCAGGCGUAUGCAGACACUGGUCCGAGUACAAGCCCGAGCACGUGCAAGUCGAACACUCAUGUCAGACUCACUACAUUCUAGCAGAAAAUCCUCCCUAUCUCACCACCCUCUCCCAGAAAGUCCUGAAAAAAUUGGAUACCAACCCCGUGCUUGUAGCAGCAAAUUUGAUGGACCCUCAAUACUGAAGAGAUGCGGUUCAAAUUCAAACGUAAGGGAUGUCGUAAAUCUAGACAGAAGACGGCUGGCGUCAGGUUGGUUAGACCGGUGGAUGGAAGAAAGUGCGCGGAACAAUCGCCGAGAUGCUUCACUGAUAUAUGAGCAAGCAGAUGACGUAAAGGGUGACAAGAUACUCGAAGUAGAUACUUGGAAGCCUCACUUGGGCUCCCAACGUAAACCCCAAACCUUUCAAACAGCACAUCAUGUUCUGACUUCAGAUCGUUACAACCCAACCUUCACGACAUUUGAAUCUCCAUCAAAACAUUCGAUGAAAGAACACAACCCGAUUCCAAACCAAGCCUCUAUGGACGUCUUAUCACUGAGCUCUCUGAAAUAUGCUAUAGCAACAGAUGAAGCAGCUUUUAGGAAUGCUGAGAACAGCCCACAAGCAUUUUCUGCCUCCUCUAGACCUGGAAGUAGUGGUAGAAGAGGUCAUCACUUCACGCCAGCAAGGAGUGAAUGCUCGUGGGGUUUCUUUAAUGGGUAUGCAGGUUACCCCAACUACAUGGCUAACACGGAAUCAUCCCGAGCUAAGGUCAGGUCACAGAGUGCCCCAAGGCAAAGGCUUGAGUUUGAGAAAUAUGGUUUGACCAAAAAGUCGGUUCAGGAGUUUUGGGAUGCAGGAACUUGUUCAGAUACUAGUUUGGCUCAAGAUUCCGACUGCCGGAAUAAAUCAAUUUUUAGCUCUAGCCGCUUGAACAGACUUGGGAGUGCCAGUCCACGGUGAUGUUCCAUGUUCUAUGUAUUUAUUUGUGUGUAUGGCAGGCGAUGUUUUGAGUUUUAAUUACUUGACCCUGAAUCCUUGAUGUACAAAGCUGUUCUUAGGAAAUCAAAGUUUGGCACCAUGGGUGUCAAAAGAUGAACAUAGUUUCAAAGUGUGAGUGGCCCCUUCAUGGAUUCAAACUCAGUAAAAAUGUAAUUUCGAUUGUGCUUUGUUUACGUA